UUAUAAUCAGUUGAGAGACAUUAAAGAAGCAUGACAGAAAUAGCCCCAAGACCAAUAACUUAUUGCGGAGUGUGUUCGUAUCCCCCAGAAUACUGUGAGUUUGGGUUAUCAUUCAAGAAAUGUAAAGAAUGGUUGGAAGAUAAUCAUCAAGAGCUUUUCCAAAAAUUAUACAGCGAUGAUGCAUUAGCCAAUGCCACUUCAACUUUAUCAUUAGAGAAGGAAGAGCAGAUCUCUAAAGACUUAGAAAAGAAACAAGCCAGAGAAGAGAAGAAACAAGAAAGAGAAUUACAAAAGAAGUUAUCAUCAAAGGUCACUAUCAAGAGAAUUGAAAGAAAUAGAAGAAAACAUAUUAUUUCAAUUAGUGGAUUAGAAGUUUUCAAUAUUGAUAUGAAGAAAUUACUGAAAACAUUUGCAUCUAAGUUUGCCACUGGUGCGUCAGUCAUCAAGAAUGCAGAAAAGAAGGAAGAAAUUUUAGUUCAAGGUGACGUUAGUGAUGAUGCCAAAGAAUAUAUUGAAAAAUUAUUAGAAGAAAAGGGAUUAAAUGAAGUUAAAGUUGAACAAAUAGAUGAAAAGAAAAAGGUUAAGAAGGCACAACCACCACCCCCACAACCACAACCAUCUGGAAGUACCUAGUUAUGAUUGAUGAUUACACUAAUGAUUUUGUAACAUAAAUAGAUAAAUAUACAAAAUUUGAAGAGACAAAAGAAUAGUU